GACGUCUCUUUUCGAACUUUUGAGACUUUUAUUUUUACUCGGGGUAUAUUUUCUACCGUUAUAACGAAUUCAAAUCAGUACCAGUCAUAGCUCUCAAGAGUGGUCCUCUGAUUCGGUCAUGCAAUAUCUCCUUCUUAUAAAGUCUUAUUAUACAUACCAUUUUCUGUUUUUCAUCACUGGUCUUUUCCUUUACAUAAAUUUUGUUUCUAUUAAAGAUUGAUUAGGGUGUGGAAGAUUUUAAAGUUUUUUUCCUUACGAAUAUCUUAAGCUUGGGUUUGGUACACAGUGCAGACAUUAAACAAAACAAAUAUUAAGACAAAAUAGUGGUGAACGAGGCAAAAAUGAAUUUAUCAUUUUCUUUGAACGAGAAAAAAUAUUCAAUAACGCCAAAAGAGGUGCCGAUUGAUACCAGCCUCUUAGUGUUUAUUCGAAGCCAUGCACGUUUAACUGGAACAAAAUUUAUGUGCUUGGAAGGUGGUUGUGGCGCUUGCAUUGUAAAUAUAUCUGGAAUUAAAACACCGUCUGGGGAAUAUCGUACGAUAGCCGUGAAUGCGUGUCUUUGGCCGGUUUAUGCAUGCAACAAUCUUAUCAUCACCACAAUCGAAGGCAUUGGAAAUAUAAAAAAUGGAUAUCAUCCGAUUCAGCGAGUACUGCAUCGUUUUAAUGGAACACAAUGCGGAUAUUGUUCGCCCGGAAUGGUCAUGAAUAUGUACAGUUUAUUGGAAUCGAAUAGCGGAAAAGUUACGAUGGAACAAGUGGAAAACUCGUUCGGUGGCAGUCUUUGCCGUUGUACAGGUUACCGAUCCAUAUUGGAUGCGUUCAAAUCUCUCGCCACAAAUGGGUGUGGUUGUGAUAUUGAAGACUUACCAUUGAACGUGUGUCAGACAUGCGAUAAAGAGUGUGAUUUGAAGGCGAAUACUUUGCUGGAAAUUGUUGACGAAGAUGGGAAAAUCUGGUUGAGACCAUCAAAUCUCUCAGAGUUACUUACAAUAUUGACAAAACACGCUGCGGAUGCGGAAUACAUGCUAGUUGCUGGCAAUACUGCUCAUGGUGUUUAUAGGAGAUCCGAACAAGUCACUGUUUUUAUCGACAUCAAAUCCAUUAGAGAACUUCACACGAUAUCAGUGAAUGAAAAUUCAUUUAUUGUCGGAGCAAAUGUAUCGUUGACUGAACUCAUGGAAACUCUUCAACAAGCCGCCACAAAGUAUGAUCAGUACUCAUAUGGCAAGCAUUUGGCUGAUCAUAUUGAUCUAGUGGCUACCGUGCCCGUUCGAAAUGCUGGAACAAUUGCAGGAAACUUGAGCAUAAAACAUGCUCAUAACGAAUUUCCAUCCGACAUAUUCCUCUUAUUGGAAACAAUUGGAGCUAAAUUGAAUGUUCUUUCUGUUGAUGGCUCAGAACAUUGCUAUACGGCAAAGGAAUACUUAACACUGGAUAUGCGACUGAAAGUGAUCUUGACUGUAGCGUUCCCGAAAUUGGAGCCCACUAGUUUCGAAUUUCGAUCGUAUAAAAUUAUGCAGCGCGCACAAAAUGCCCAUGCAAUAGUCAAUGCUGCUUUCUUAUUUGAGUUUAACACAAACGAGACGAGAAGUUCGGUAAAAUCGUGUCGUAUUUGUUAUGGCGGAAUAAACCCAAGAUUCGUUCAUGCUGAAGUCACUGAGAUACUUUUAGCCGGUGUUGAGCAAUUAUACACAAAUGACACUUUAGGGAGAGCAAUUGAAAGUUUGAAACAUGAAAUCAAUCCAGACUCAAACCCAGUAGAUCCACCGGCCGAAUAUCGAAAGCAUCUUGCGAUAGCUUUAUUUUAUCGGUUCAUGCUGGCAACUGCGCCGUUGAACCGAAUCAAAAUCAAAUAUUUAUCAGGUAGCUUGGGACUGGAACGUCCGAUAUCGAGUGGUAGUCAAGUGUUCCAGCCAAAUCAAAAGACAUAUCCCCUGACUCAACCAGUGUUAAAGUACGAAGGUCUAAUCCAAUGUUCGGGUGAAGCGGAAUACGUCAACGAUGUAUUUAGCGCGUUAAAUGUGAACGAAGAACUGUGGGCAGCAUUUGUUUCAGCUACACAGGUCCAUUCGAAAAUUGUUAGCAUCGAUGCGACUAGCGCUUUGAAAAUGAGUGGGAUCGUAGCUUUCUUUUCCGCUAAAGAUAUUCCCGGUGAAAACGAUUUUGCACCAAUUGGCGCUGGACAGAUAAUUCCAGCGUAUAAAGAACCGAUUUUUAUCGAUUUGAACAGGAAAGUAGAGUUUUACGGACAACCAUGCGGUAUAAUUGUUGCUAAGACGAUGAAUUUAGCCAAUUUAGCCGCUAAGGAAGUUCACAUUGUAUACGAUCAGCUAGAAGUGACACAAUCAAUCGUUCCGACUGUUUUUCAUUGGCGAGAUAGAUACAACUGUAAUGCAUCUCAAGCACAGAUUGAACUACUUCCAUUGGCGCCAAAUCAAAAACGAAUUUCAGUCAAGCCCAAGCACCAGAAAACGAUCAUUGGUAAUUUGGAUGUUGGAUCGCAAUAUCAUUUCACGAUGGAGCCACAAACCACCGUCUGUCACCCGAGCGAUGAUGGUGGUAUUAAUGUAUUGAGUGCAACGCAAUUUUUCGAUCUGACUCACAUUGCGAUAUCAAGAUCAUUGAAAAUUCCCCAAAGCAAAGUAACCGGCACUCAUAAACGAUUAGGUGGUGGCUAUGGCGCGAAACUCACUCGGUCAUCUCAAGUUGCAUGUGCCUGUGCCUUGGCAUGCCAUUUACUACGACGGCCCGUUCGAUUUGUUAUGACGAUUGAAUCAAAUAUGUCGGUAAUUGGCAAGCGAUAUGCAAACUUGGCGGAAUAUAAUGCAACAAUCGAUACAAGGAACGGAUCCUUGCUCGAUCUAAAGUUGUACGUUGCACAAGAUUUCGGCAACAGUCUUAAUGAUGAUGCAUCAUUAGUUUUGGAAUCGACAUUGACACGGUCAUGUUACGCACGAGUAUCUGAGUGGAUGGUCACUGUGCAUAAGCAAACAACCGAUGCUCCUUCGGCAACUUGGUGUCGAGGACCAGGUUCAACGGAAGCCACAGCAAUUGUGGAGAAUUUAAUGGAACAUAUUGCGCGUGAAACAAAUUUGGAUCCGGCUGAAGUGCGAUUGAACAAUUUCAGUAAGCAGGAGUCAUUACGCAAAAUAUUUCCGGAUUUCUUGAGAGACACUGAGUACUACAAACGUAAAGCCGAAAUAAACGCAUUCAAUCAAAAGAACCGUUGGAAGAAGAAAGGCAUCGCCGUAUCGGUGAUAAAAUUUCCCCUUGAUUAUGUGGCAUCUCUUUCAAUAUACAUUGCAAUUUAUCACGGAGAUGGAACUGUUGUUGUGUCACAUGGAGGCACCGAAAUGGGUCAAGGUAUCAAUACAAAAGUUCAACAAGUUGUGGCAUUCAUCCUUGGCAUUCCAUUAAAUUAUGUUACGAUUGCACCAUUCAGUUCGAUUGUAGCUGCCAAUCGUUCGUUUUCGGCGGCCUCGAUCACUAGCGACUCGGUCUGUUUUGCAGCAAAAAAAGCGUGCGAAAAUAUAUUGAAACGACUAAAACCAGUUCGGAAGAGAAUGUCGCAUCCAUCAUGGGUUCAAAUUGUUCAGCAGGCUUGGUCAGAGAAUAUUGACUUGACACAAAAGGAACUAGUUCCGCAAACGGAACUAAAGUCUUACAGUGUAGUGGGCUGUGCUUGCGCUGAAAUCGAACUCGAUGUAUUAACAGGGAAUGUUCAGAUAUUACGCGUUGACAUCGUUGAAGAUGUUGGCAACAGCAUGAGUCCUUUGGUGGAUAUUGGUCAAAUUGAAGGUGCCUUCAUAAUGGGUGUUGGCUAUUGGCUAACCGAAAAACUAAUUUACGAUGGACAAACGGGUGAAUUGCUCACAAAUCGAACAUGGACGUACAAAGUACCGGGCGCCAAAGAUAUUCCGAUUGAUUUUCGUGUAAAAUUCUUGCAAAAUGUCAACAACGAAGGUGUGCUCGGGUCGAAAACUACCGGUGAACCAGCGCUUACAUUGUCCAUUGUUGUUAUGUUUGCAUUGCGACAUGCCAUUGAUUCAGUCCGAUUUGAUAAUGGAUUUCGUGGAACAUGGUAUCAAUUAGGCUCUGGGAACACUCCUGAUGUUGUGUCCAACGCAUCAAAUGUCUGUGUGGAUGAGUUCAAGUUAUAUUAAGAAAGUUUAAAUGAAUAGCUUGAGAUAAUAAACAGCUCUCUGCAAAC